GAGAGAGGUGGCGGGGGUGAUGCGGGGCUCCUGACUGCUAGGCGCAGGCUAGAGGAGUGCCCUCCCUUAAGAACUGGGCGGGAAGCGGCCGCGGGGACCCGGCUUAGGAAAAGAGAGGUGGCGCUGCCGAAGGGAACAAGGAGCGGAGCUGGGGGCGGACGGGAGAAAGAGCCGGUUGUUGGCAGCAGAUGUGACCAAGCAGCGGGCUGGCCGCCGGGGACCGAGCCGAGGAACCAAGCGGACAGUGCCGCUUUCUAAAGGGGCACCUGGCGCUGCGCUCUCUUCCCUCCCUUGCGAUCUUCUGCUCGCCCCCCGUCAGCACCGCGGUCCCCUCCUGCUCCUUACCCCGUUCUUCUCCCUCCCCCCCGCCCUCUACUUCUCCGGGCUCCCACUCUGAGACUGGGGCUGCCUCCCUCUGCUGCUAGCCGCGCUACCUCCGGCUUUCCCCCGCAGCUCGCUAGCAAGCUUGCCCGAGCUUGGCCGUGCCCUUCUGGGGAUGUGCCAGUAACCCAGGUGUCCCGGGCCCCCCGAGAACCCCAAGGAUGGGACGCCGCCCUCACCUCUUGGUUGUCCAGGCCUUUCUUCUAUGGCUUGUACCAGUUUCAGCCUCACUCCAGGAUCAGUACUGUGAAAGCCUGUCCUUAGUCAACAGCACCACUGGGCUCCAGUGCAACUCAUCCAUUGACCUCAUUGGGACCUGCUGGCCUCGGAGUGCAGCUGGCCAGAUAGUGGUACGACCGUGCCCUGCUUACUUCUAUGGAGUCCGUUAUAACACAACAAACAAUGGCUAUCGAGAGUGUCUUGCAAAUGGAAGCUGGGCAGUUCGAGUCAACUAUUCCCAGUGCCAAGAAAUCCUUAAUGAGGAGAAAAAAAGUAAAUUGCACUAUCAUAUUGCUGUCAUCAUCAACUAUCUGGGCCACUGUAUCUCCCUUGGAGCUCUCCUCAUGGCCUUUGUCCUCUUCAUGCACCUAAGGAGCAUUCGGUGUCUUCGGAACAUCAUUCACUGGAACCUCAUCUCUGCCUUUAUCCUACGCAAUGCUACCUGGUUUGUGGUACAGCUCACCAUGAGCCCUGAAGUACACCAGAGUAAUGUGGGCUGGUGCCGGCUGGUGACAGCUGCCUAUAACUACUUUCAUGUUACCAACUUCUUCUGGAUGUUUGGAGAAGGCUGCUACCUGCACACAGCCAUUGUGCUCACCUACUCUACCGACAAGCUCCGAAAGUGGAUGUUCAUCUGUAUUGGCUGGUGUGUGCCUUUCCCCAUCAUUGUGGCCUGGGCCAUUGGGAAACUGUAUUAUGAUAAUGAGAAGUGCUGGUUUGGAAAGAGGGCUGGGGUGUACACUGACUACAUCUACCAGGGCCCCAUGAUUUUGGUCCUUCUGAUCAACUUCAUCUUCCUCUUCAAUAUCGUCCGUAUCCUCAUGACCAAGCUCCGUGCCUCAACCACAUCAGAGACCAUUCAGUACAGGAAAGCUGUGAAAGCCACUCUUGUGCUGUUGCCUCUUCUGGGUAUCACAUACAUGUUGUUUUUUGUGAACCCUGGGGAGGAUGAGAUCUCUCGAAUUGUCUUCAUCUACUUCAACUCCUUCCUGGAGUCCUUCCAGGGUUUCUUCGUAUCUGUCUUCUACUGUUUCCUCAACAGUGAGGUCCGCUCAGCUGUCCGGAAGAGAUGGCAUCGGUGGCAAGACAAACAUUCAAUCCGUGCCCGAGUGGCUCGGGCUAUGUCCAUCCCUACCUCUCCUACCCGAGUCAGUUUCCAUAGCAUCAAGCAGUCAACAGCUGUCUGAAUGAAAUGGGGAGCACAGGGAAUGAGGGUGGAGGAUGCCAAAAGGGACAGAAUUUAGAGUCUGAUUAUGGAAGGAAUAUUCAGUAUACUCUCUCUCCUGUCCCCCAUGACUCUUCCCAAUCUGUGCAGAAAACAGUUCCCUCCUUAAACAUUGGCAUUUAUGUCAGGACUUGCUUGCUCAGAACAGCUCCAAGAGCAUGGGAAAAGUGGACCCACAAGACCCAGACAGAGGUGGGAAACUAGUGGUGAUGAACACUUAAGAUAUGGAUGGGAAAUCAGGGUCUUCCAGAAGACCCUGGAGCUUUGAAGGCUGCUGAGUCUCAUAUCGAAUUUGCUCUUCUAUGCUCCUUAUCUGUUCUUUGGAUGGAACUAACCAAGGGAAGGAUGGAAGAUUAAAAGCACAUGGACAAUGAAAACUAGUGACCUAUAUUGUCAUCUUGGAGCACAAGGUAGCCAUCCAACCAGAACCACAGGAUUGGUUGGUUGCCAUCCUCAGCCUUAGAGAGGUCACUAGUUGGUUUUAGAGUAUCUCUAUGAAUUUCUUCAUGAAAACCAUUGUGACAUCAUCUUAAGGACACAUGGGGAAACUGAUAUUGUCAGAAUUCCUAACAAUGAUUAUUUCUUUGUUUGUGGUAAUAUCACAGCUACAUCAUUGGAAAAUCCAAUAAUGCUACUAUAAACCAUAGCCACAUCAUCAGAGCCCAUGAUGACAUCAGCAAGAAAAGGCGAUAUCACCGAUAUCCAUAACAAUUCCAUCAGGAAUCUCAGCAAUCUCCUCCCUCUCCUCCAGAAAUGACUUUGCAAAAUCAUUUCCUUGCUCAUGGCUCACUUUUGUCUGGCUCACUAUAACAAGAAGGGCAGGAACCUUUUGAGUGGUAUUGCCCUUUCCUAUGGGGAAGGAAGGAUUGACUAUUAUCUGCCUGAGGGCUCUGCUACCCCUGAAAUCUGCUACCGUAGAGAUCAUUUCUCUAGUGUAACAAAAUGACUCACUCCCUGAUACAUGGUCUUGGGCCCAUUGCUACUCAGACUUCUCUUCUUUAAAAAGUUGCUUUGUUGACAUGUAUUAUAAAGCUGCAGAAGUAGCUGAGAUGUCGAAAUUACGAGUAAUAGAAAUGGAUUCAAAACAGAGAUCUUAUAUUGCUGGCAUUGUCUGAGGGCAGGAGGAAAGGAAAUGGAUAGAGGCUAAGGAUAGAGGAAAGCAAAUCCUAAAUCCUAAAUCCUUCUAAAUCAUACCCAGGCUCUAUCAAAGAAGGUAUAUACCUGGGAGUAUAGUGUGUAUGUGUGUACACACACGUGCAUGCAUGCAAAAGAGAACUUUGGAAUCUGCAACCCUGGACAGGUGAGGGAAAAAAGGGAGUUGCUUUGAAUGAUCCCUGUCAGGGACUGAGGGGGUCAGCUUAGAAGAUGCAUGUAUCUUGUAGGAGAGGGAGACUCCAGAUAGAAGAAACUAAGAACUGGGAUUCCUCUUAAAAGUGGAAACCAAAUAAAUGGUUUUUAACAUAUGACCACAUGACAGGGGAGCAGAACCAGGAGGGGUCAAGUGAGGAGCAUUUGAGGGAGAGAUACAUCAAAGAAAGAACAUUGAAACCUUAGCCUGUCCCACCCACUCCAUGAAGUCUAACCACUGUAACUACAGGGGAGAGAUGUAGAAAGGCCAGAAGAGAAGGAGGAACACGUGGGAGGUAUGUGUGUGGGAAGAAGAGAAGUGAUGAGAAAACCUCUUACUCAAUCUGGGGCAGAGGGCUUCACAGAAAUUUGAUGAAAGAAAAUGAGAAGCUGGAUAAUGGGUCCCUGCUGACAAAGGAGGAACAUGAAAUGACUAAUGAGUCUCAAAUGGCCAAGGCAGUAAAAAUGAUUCUCAACUUACCUUCCACCAAAGGAAAGAGCUGGAAAAUAUCAAAAAUGAGGUUUUUGUUAAGAUAAGGGAGGAGGGGGAAGGGAGAAAAUGAGGGAGGGAAGCAAAGGGGAAGACAGGAGGGAAGAGGAAUGGAAAGGAGAUGUGAGAAUGGAAGAAAAACCAUUAGAAAACUUACUUUUCUGUUCAGGCAGAGAAAGGAGGCUUGGUUUCCAAAGCAGAGAGAUCCUCUACCUCCAAAGCCCCAUGAGCCAGGACAUUUGUCUUAGAGUCCUAACAGCAGAUUGGACGUUUCAUUUUAUGGGAAUCAAUCAAUAAAGAGUUUGUAGCAAGGACGGGGGGAGAUAUUUGCACUUAUUGAGCACUUUCUGUGUGCUGAUACUGUGUUAAGUGCUGGAGAUAAGGAUUAAAACACUAAGGUCCUUGUCAUAGAAGAACUCACAUUUUAAAAGAAAUGAUAAUAAAGGAAGAUGCUGCUCAGACAGGCUAAGGAAGCAGCUGUGUAUUGACUCUGAAAAAGAUCCUCCUCCACAGCCAAUUAGACUAACAAGAGAGUCCUUUAGAAGCAUUUAUCAAACCCAGCCUUGUCCAAGGUGCUGGAGUGUGGGGUGGACAAGGGGAGAGAGUGGGAUGGUGAAUGAAAUAAAAUAAACUAAAAACAAUCUCUGACUAAGAGCUCUCAGACAUUUUUGAUACAAAUGUUUAGAUAGACAGGAUUGUUGGCUCAAAUGAGAUCAUGAAUGCAAAAUUCUUUGUAAAUCUUAAAACCCUCUAUCAAUGUUAGUCAUUAUUAUUGAUAAAAAUUCAUGAAGAAGGAGCAGCUUACAAAGGUUAAGGUUAUUGGGUAGUGGAUUUGGAUCCUUGGAAAGUGGUCAAAUAUAACUGGAAGCAGAUGAGAGCUAGAGCUGAAAGGAACCCUCAUGAAGAGAUGGAAACCCAGAGAAAGAAAAAAAUUUGCCCAAGAAGAUGACAUAAUCAGAAUCCAAACCCACUGUACAUACAUUUAUUCUGAAGCCUGAUGAGAUGACUGCCUUUCAGGAUUUCUACAGGGGGACUAAAUGACCUUUGAGGACCCUAGUUAUUAAAGGUCUGUCAAUAGGACUGCAAAGGAUUAUAAAUACAUCUGGCAAAGUGGAUAGUAUCCUGGACCUGGAGUUAAAGAGACCCAAGUUAAAAUCCUGCCUCAGACAAAUACUAGCUGGGUGACUUUGAAUCAUUUAAGUUUUGUUUGCCCCAGUUUUCUCAUCUUUAAAAUGGGGAUAAUAAUAGCACCUAUCUCCCAGGGUUGUUGUGAGAGUUUUAAAAAAAGAUAAUAUUUGUAAAGCAUUUUGCAAACUUUAAAGCACUAUAUAAAUGCUAUCUAUUAUUGUUGUUGUUCAUAA